ACCCUUCAACCGCCUCCCCAUUCUCCCUUUCAGCAAUCUACUCUGCUCCUUUCAUUUGUUCUUCAUCGUCUCCAACUCCAUUUCCUCCCAUCAUUCAUUACCCAUCUCAAUCCCACCUUCAAAAACCCUUCUCCUAAUGGCAAAAAGGGGUUUUCUGAUACCCCUACCCAAAUCUGUUAUUGGGUUCUGUUUUUUACUCCUUGUUUUGAACCUGCACCAGCAGUCCAUGGCGGCCGAUGACGAUGAGGAUGAUUAUGUUGAAGUAGAUAGCAGCAGCGGCUACGACGGUUACAACGGUGGUGUAUCGGAGCAAUGCGAUACUGAUUUGAGGAGCUUUCUUCCACCACCAUAUGGUAAUCUAACCAAUGUCAUCUGCAAACCCAUCUGGAAUACAUUUGUAUUACGGUAUACACAAAAUGAAGAACAUGUAAUGAACAUCAUCGUAUCAGCUUUAUACACAACUGGGUGGGUGGGGAUUGGGUUUUCUAGAGAUGGGAUGAUGGUGGGAUCAAGUGCAAUGGUGGGAUGGGUAAACAAGAAAGGGCAUGCAAGAAUCCACCAAUACUAUCUGCAGGGAAGAAAGCAAUCAGAAGUAAUUCAAGACAAAGGAGAAUUGCCUCUCACUAACGUUCCUUCCUCGGUUGUGUUGCAUGGUGCCACCAUUUACUUGGCAUUUCAGCUCAAAUUCAGUGCCAUGGUUUCUCAGCAACCGAUUCUCCUGGCUUUUGGGAAUGCUUAUCCCAGACACAAUCAUUUAUCUGCUCAUAGUGAUAAAACUGCUGUUGUUUUUGACUUCUCUGCAGGUUCCAAGUCUUCAGCAGCAGUAACAGCAGGCAGUGACAUUGGGCAGACAAAGAAGAACCAUGGUGUGUUGGGGAUAAUUGGAUGGGGCCUCAUCCUUCCAGUUGGAGCGAUCAUUCCCAGAUACUUCAGACAUAAGGAUCCUCUUUGGUACUAUCUUCAUUCAGUGAUUCAGGUUGUGGGCUUUGCCAUUGGCCUUACUACUGUCUUACUUGGAAGACAACUUUACAACAAAAUCAAUGCCAACGUACCAACUCAUAGAGGCAUUGGUAUCUUUGUCCUUGUGCUCAGCAUUCUCCAGGUACUGGCUUUCUUUUUGAGGCCCAACAAGGAAGCUAAAAUCAGAAAGUACUGGAACUGGUAUCACCAUUGGUUUGGAAGGAUUGCUCUGUUUUUUGGAGCAUUGAACAUAGUGUUGGGAAUUCAAAUUGGAGGUGCAGGAAAUGAAUGGAAACUAGGCUACGGGUUUCUUCUUAGCAUGAUACUUAUUGCAGUGAUUGUCUUGGAAGCAUUGGCAUGGGUGAAAAGAUCAGAUAAAGCUGCCAUGAAUUCAUUUCAGAUGAAUCCUUCACCAUAAUUAACCAUUGUUUCAGAAUCAGGAAACAGAAGAUUGAUAUAAUUUGAAGUUCAUUGAGGGCUGGAUCCUGGUAGAACGUUAAGUUCUUCUAUAUUAAGCCGAAACCUUUCAACGACGAAGCUCUCUCGAUCAUCCAUGACGAUUACAUUAGUUAAUAUGUUUGUCAAAUAGGAAAUUGUUGGUGUUUGUUUUCCCAACUACAAGUUUUUGGAGUGGUGAAUCGUUUGCAGGAUGAAGAAGAAGCCUUUGUAUUGUUAAGUGUUAACUCUGUUUCAGACGAUAUUCAGACGAUCAAUGCAUUUUUGUGAUGUAUGGAAACAGAACUCUGUGUGAUUGUGUAUCAAUCAUCAAUGCUGCUUAAAUUUUCAC